AUGUUUAUAUUUAGCCUCAAUCCUCCUCCAAACGUCAAAUACUUUUCCUCUCCCCAACUCUCAACCAACUCCACCUCAAACUUUAAACUACUUUCAACUCAUAACACACCACAACAAUCCCUCUUCGACUCCUGGUUUCUCCUGUUGCGGUUUCUAUCUGCUUUUCCUUCUCAAUCUCUGCAUCCUUCUCUAAUUCAACCCUCUGCCUGGCUGCCUAAUGGCAAAGCUACACUGUGGACCUCUAGUUUCCACGAAGGAUUUGCCGCAGUUAUAUGGAACUACAAACUUUGCUUGAGCACCGCCCCAGUAUUCUCGACCAAGGCUUUCACGGCAGCAGCUAUAAUUGCUGAGCGCAGUCUGUUCGAGUUCAUGUCUACGUCCUCCACCCCCGCCACAGCUGCCAGCCUUCCCUCCCUCGAGUCCCCGUCCUCGUCAGCUGCCCCAGGUUCACGCCCCAGUCGACUGCGCCGCUUAAGCAACCUCAGAGCAUACACUCAACCCCAUCUGUCUGGUAACGCCUCCAGCGGUUAUCGUUCCUAUAGAAAUAGCCUUUCUCGGGCUGUUGGUCUCUCUUUGCAUUCUACGGGACCCUCGAGUUUCGCUGUGGACGCCGUCCCAACGACCGGUCCCAUUACAACUACUACUUCGACGCCAGCCUCGCCUGUCCAGUCAACACCAGACCAUCAUCAAUGUCCUGAAACAAACAACCCAAGGCUCUCUACGGACCUGUCGAUACAAAGCGUGAGCGGCUCAUCCGUUUCAGACCUUCACUCACACGUCCAGUCAUCCUCCGCCUCUUCACGAUCUACUCCAUCCAACGAACCUGAAUCUGAAUCACCACAGCCAUCCGACAUGGUGCGACAACGGAAUAUAGCUGUUGUAGAGGUAUCGCCGGCUAACAAGGACUCAUUACAGAGCCCACUGUCAUCACCGCCAACGGUUCAGGAUAACAGUAAGGCCAGACUUGCAAACUCCGCUGAUACUACUACACAGAACAGCACACCAGGGCCCAUGGAUUCACCCGCUCGACCUGACACUGCUUCUCCCCCAUCCUCUGAUCCCACGUGCAAAACCCCUCUACCAAAGCCCAUGAUCCGCUUCUACGCUUAUCAGGACCCUCACCACAACUCACGACCAUCUUUGCCCUUCACGACUACCUCGAGGAUCCUGCCGGACGAGUCUUCUGUAAUUCGAGUGGGGCGCUAUUCGGAGCGUGAUGGGGUUCCCGUGCAUAAUCCAACAGAUCCCUCUGAUGCACCUGUUGGCUUUAAAUCCAAGGUCGUAAGCAGGAGACACUGUGAGUUUUCCUUCGUUAAUGGCCAAUGGCAUAUUCGAGACGUGGGUAGCUCCUCGGGAACUUUUUUGAACCACAUGCGCCUGAGUCAACCAAAUGUGGCUUCGAGGCUGUAUGCUGUGAGGGAUGGUGAUAUCCUACAGCUGGGGAUUGAUUUUAGGGGAGGGGAGGAGAUGAUUUUCAGAUGUGUACGGAUGCGGAUCGAGUGCAACCGGACGUGGCAGCAGAAGGCGAAUGAAUUCAAUAAAACUACGGCGUCUCUAAUUAACAAUCUUGGGAAAGGCAGCAACGCGGCAGAUUACGCCGGCUGUAAGGAAUGCUCAAUAUGUCUUGGCUCAGUUUUACGACCAUAUCAAUGUCUCUUUAUGGCAGCAUGUGCUCACGUCUGGCACUAUAAGUGCAUUCGCCGGCUAAUUCACUCGCCGGAAUACCCUAUGUUCCAAUGUCCAAACUGCCGCGCAUAUACCGAUCUUAGCGCCGAAGUAGACGAUUCCAACGAACCCUUUGAAGACGACCAGGUGGACCUUAAACCUUCCAACUCCCAAAAUCAACCCGUACAAGAUAAUCCCGAUAGUACCUCUAAUACCGGCGCCCUCAAUUCGACAGUACUGCAAUCUACAUCAUCCUCUAACGACAAUAACACGUCAGACAAUGACCAGCUAACCACUGCAACCGGCAACAUAAACCUUGAUGAAAAUAAUCCGCUUAACGCGAACAUUCCAACCACCAACUCGCGAGCUCAAGCAGAGAAUAUAGUUAUGUCGAACCAAAACUCAAUCUCGAACUCCAACACAGCACCAACGACAAAUGGAGUAAGCGACGCCCAUGGUACAGGCGAUAUGUUUUCGCGCAGCUCCAACAUAGACAUACCAACCUGGAACAACCCACAAAACCAAUCGUCAUCGUCAUUACGAGGUGCUUCUGCUACAGCGGCGGCAACCGCCUCCCACGGAAAUAAUGGUGGAAGCGAGAUAUUUGAAGAUAACCUAUUGACACCGCGGAAUGAUUAUGGUCCAUUGGCCUUUGACGGUCAUGCAGGUCGGUUAUAG